AUGGAAAAUGAUGAUCUUUUCGACGUUUUUGAUGAAAACACCGCUGAUUUGCCUCAGCCAGAAGAAAUCCCAGACUCAAAUGAAGAGAAACUGAGCAAUCAGGGACCAGGUCAAGGCGACGGUGAUUCUAAAAAGCGCCCAUUGGAUACCUCAGAGCAUGGCGAUCCAGAAGUCAAUACGGUAGAAGAUAAGCGACAGGCUCAGGAGAAGAACAAAAGAAUCAAAGAAGGUAAAAAACUGCUGGACAAGAAGAAGAAGUCUGAUGUUGUUCCUGUCGUCGCAGAUUCUUUCGAACAAGAAGCAUCCCGUGAAGUAAAAGCGUCUAACGGAUUGGGAGCAGGUGAUGCUGGACAGUUGGAAGAAGACGGGAAAGUCAAGCUAUCGCACCAGGUAAGACAUCAAGUUGCACUACCGCCGAACUACAACUAUCUACCUAUUGGUGAGCACAAGCGCACAAACGAGGCCAGAACAUACCCCUUCACUCUGGAUCCUUUCCAGGAUACCGCCAUAUCUUGUAUCGAUAGAGGUGAGUCUGUGUUGGUGUCUGCCCACACCUCUGCAGGUAAAACCGUUGUAGCAGAGUACGCCAUAGCGCAGUCCAUGCGCGAAAAACAGAGAGUGAUCUACACAUCCCCGAUCAAAGCACUUUCCAAUCAAAAGUACAGAGAACUGCUGGCCGAUUUCGGAGACGUAGGCCUUAUGACAGGUGACAUUACAAUCAAUCCCGAUGCAGGAUGUUUAGUCAUGACCACAGAGAUUUUGAGGAGUAUGCUUUACAGAGGUAGUGAAGUAAUGAGAGAAGUUGCUUGGGUAGUCUUCGACGAGGUUCACUACAUGAGAGACAAAGAGCGUGGUGUUGUCUGGGAAGAGACUAUUAUUCUUCUGCCAGACAAGGUGCGCUACGUUUUCCUCUCUGCCACCAUCCCGAAUGCAAUGGAGUUUGCCGAAUGGAUCUGCAAAAUUCACUCUCAACCCUGUCACAUCGUUUACACUGACUUUCGACCAACUCCAUUACAGCAUUACUUGUUCCCAGCACAUGGUGACGGCAUUCACUUGGUCGUGGACGAGAAAAGUACUUUCAGAGAAGAAAACUUCCAAAAAGCUAUGGCAUCUAUUAGUAGUCAAGUAGGCGACAGCUCGGACUCUACAAACUCACGAGGAAAGAAGGGUCAGACCUACAAGGGUGGCUCUUCAAAAGGAGACUCAAAGGGUGACAUUUACAAAAUUGUCCGAAUGAUAUGGAAGAAAAAGUACAACCCUGUGAUUGUCUUUUCGUUCAGCAAAAGGGAUUGCGAAGAACUAGCAUUGAAAAUGUCGAAGCUUGACUUUAAUUCUGAAGAUGAGAAAGAUGCUCUUACGAAAAUUUUCAGCAACGCCAUCGAUCUUUUACCAGAAAUUGAUCGAGAUUUGCCGCAAAUAAAACACAUUCUCCCCCUUCUUAGAAGAGGUAUCGGUAUUCAUCACUCAGGCCUUCUGCCCAUCCUUAAGGAAGUCAUUGAAAUCCUGUUUCAAGAGGGUUUCUUGAAAGUUCUAUUCGCAACUGAGACGUUCUCCAUUGGUCUGAAUAUGCCCGCAAAAACCGUCGUUUUCACUAGUGUAAGAAAAUGGGAUGGGAAGCAGUUUCGUUGGGUUUCCGGCGGUGAGUAUAUCCAAAUGUCUGGACGUGCGGGUCGUCGUGGUUUAGAUGACCGCGGUAUAGUAAUUAUGAUGAUUGAUGAAAAAAUGGAACCGCAAGUCGCGAAGGGUAUGGUCAAAGGGCAGGCAGACAGACUCGAUUCUGCUUUUCACUUGGGUUAUAACAUGAUUCUGAACCUCAUGAGGGUUGAGGGUAUAUCUCCAGAGUUCAUGUUGGAACAUUCUUUCUUCCAAUUUCAAAAUGUGACAUCUGUCCCCAUUAUGGAAAGAAAACUCAAUGAACUAGUUCAAAAGUCCGAGCAGAUAGUUAUAGAAGACGAGCAGAACAUCAAAGAAUACUAUGAAAUUCAGAAGACUCUAGAUGGCUACGCAGUGGAUGUUCGUCACAUAAUUACUCACCCAGCCAACAUCUUGAGCUUUUUACAACCUGGGCGUUUGAUUGAGGUAGAAAUCGAUGGAAAUGUCAACUACGGAUGGGGCGCGGUAGCCGACUUCGCCAAGCGGACCAACAAGCGUGAUCCCACGGCGACUUAUAGCGACCAUGAAUCAUAUAUCGUGAACGUUGUUGUCAAUACGAUAUACGCGGACGCUCCAGUAAAUUUGAUCAAACCAUUCAACCCAGCAUUCGCCGAAGGUAUAAGGCCCGCCCACGCGGGUGAAAAGUCCAUUUCUACUAUUCUUCCAAUCACUCUCAGCUCCAUCAAAAAUGUCGGUAACUUGAGACUGUACAUGCCUAGCGACAUACGCGCCAGUGGCCAACGGGACAUCGUUGGGAAGUCACUAAAAGAAGUGAGACGCAGAUUCCCGGACGCACUGCCGCUCAUUGAUCCUGUCAAGAACAUGAAAAUUGAGGACGAAGAUUUCAAGAAAUUGUUACAGAAGAGCGAAGUCCUGAAAGCUAAACAGGGAAUGAACCCAUUGGCAGGCUCGGUCAAACUCGGCGACAUGUAUCGCAAAUACAGUGAGAAAUCAACCAUAAACACAGAGGUGAAGCAACUGACAAGGCAAAUCAAUGAAGCUCAAGCCGUGAUCCAGUUGGAUGACCUGCGCCGUCGUAAAAGAGUUUUACGUCGUCUGGGUUUCUCUACACAGAGUGACGUUAUCGAGCUCAAAGGUAGAGUGGCAUGCGAAAUCUCGAGCGGUGAUGAACUGCUUCUAACUGAACUUAUUUUCAAUGGUAACUUCAACGAUCUAACACCAGAGCAAUCGGCGGCCUUGUUAUCAUGCUUUGCCUUUCAGGAGCGCUGUAAAGAAGCCCCAAGAUUAAAGCCAGAGCUAGCAGAGCCCUUAAAAAAUAUGAGAGAGGUUGCUGCCAAGAUUGCCAAGAUUGUGAAGGACUCCAAGAUUGAAAUUGUUGAAAAGGAUUACGUCGAGAGUUUCAGACAUGAGCUGAUGGAGGUCGUUUAUGAGUGGUGCAAAGGAGCCACAUUUACACAAAUUUGCAAAAUGACCGACGUCUACGAAGGCUCUUUGAUCAGAAUGUUCAAGCGAUUGGAAGAACUCAUCAAAGAAUUAGUCGAUGUUGCUAAUACCAUUGGCAAUGCGACUCUCAAAGAAAAAAUGGAGGAUGCUUUAAACCUCAUCCACAGAGACAUUGUAUCGGCCGGAUCGCUGUACUUGUAG